CUGCUGUUAUCUCCCUCUUCCUCUUUCUCCUGCCCUUCUUCAUUGAUCUUGUUCUUUUACAGCUUGGAGAGCUGGUAGCGGACAGCCUGUUCCUCAAUUUCUUUCUUUGUCUCUCUUUUGCUAACUGUCACAAGAUGCUUAGUGUAUAUCAGUGAAGUUAUUAAGACUGGUGCAUGAACAGCCGACCUUUUGGAAACUGAUAAUUCACACCCCUCACUGAAAAAACACAUUCGGCUUUGAUUUUGCACACAGAAUGGCUUCCAAGCCGGUGAAACUACCAUCCCCUGCUGGCCACACAGCGGGGAUAUACGCUGACAUGUCUGUGGAUGGGCCGCAAAUAGGCACCCUGGUGGUCAUCUUCGAUCGUGCCAAAAACCUGCCCAACCGGAAAACAAUUGGCAAGCAGAAUCCAUAUGUUGCAGCGCGCUUGGGCAAGGAGGCCAAGAAAACAGAGACUGACAUGAGAGGUGGUCAAACGCCUAGAUGGGACCAGGAAAUUCGAUUUACUGUACAUGAGUCUCCCGACUACUUCCAGCUCAAGAUCUCUGUAUUCAACGAUGAUAAAAAAACGGAUCUGAUUGGAGAAACAUGGGUUGACCUUCACUCAUUGAUCAUCCCAGGCGGUAGCCAGAGCGACUCAUGGCAUGAGUUGAAGUUCAAGAACAAGUACGCGGGAGAUAUUCGCAUGGAAAUGACUUAUUAUGAUACGCGCCCAGAGGAUGAAGCCGUUAUCGAGAGACGGACUGUUGUCCCGGAGAAAACUCUGCUCAAAUCCAGUCCUGUUGCACCUGGUGGGUCUUCGACGCUCUCAGGACCACGACAAUUCCGUCCAGUGAAGCGGCGACCAUUGCCAGAGGACCCUACCGGAGCGCCUGCUUCGCGGGCUCCAGUAGUCCAAGAAUACCCUCCCCCAGCACCAGUGAACUCGAUGCCACCUCGCCCGCAAGAUUAUGGGCCUCCUCCGUCAACGUCAUCUCGACUGCCUCCUGAGAUGCACCCUUCACGAGUUCAGAGUAAUUCUAACGAUAGAUACGUGUCAGAAAAUAACACUGGGGCUACUCAGGAUCAACAUGCUGGACCGUAUUAUCAGUCAUAUCAAGAGCCACGCCAUGCAUACAACGAUCAUCGCGACUACCCUCCGGGAGACUAUAAUCAGCAGAGGCAGCUCUCUCUACCAGAGCCCUCCAAUUAUCCACAUGAUGCUGAUUCGCGUGACGUUGACCCUCGUGUCGACCCUCAUGGAGGUAACUCUUACGAUGAUUAUGAACAGCAUUCUCGACAUUCGCCUCACCAGUAUUCCUCCACGAAUACAUUUGAUAAUGGCCAAUAUAGUGUCGAGCCGCUAUCUCAUCCUCCUGGUUCUAGAAGUUCCCAGGCUCAGUCUCAUGUGUACCCAGUGACGCCACAAGCCGGCCCUGUCGCGGAACAAAAUGUAGUACCUGUCCAUGCUCCGACACACGUUUGGCAAGAUAGACACAGACAGAGCCCCUUACGCCAUCAUGUCGCUGCUGAGGAACGGCCAACUUAUGCUGCCAUGCAACCAACAGUUGAGGAUGAAAAUGAUGAGGGACCGCCUCCACCACCUCCGGUCCAUAGAUCAUCAGCCAGUCCAGCAGUGCAACGUCCUGCAGCGAGUCCCACGUACAAGCCUUAUUCGCAGGAGUAUGGGUCUCAAAAUGCCGAUCCUCGGGACUAUAAAGGACCUUCAGCAAUAUUACCAGCAGACCAGGACAUUCCGCUACCAAUUAUUAAACCCACUCCCCAAGGCGGCACGAGAGCUUUCCCCGAGCAUCCAGACUCUGUUCCUUCCAGUCUCAUUGCAGGCUAUGUUGGAACAACCACAGAGGUCGACACGACAGGGCCUGGCUACCCGGACUACCGCGUAAGUCGCGUGCCAGUCAGUGCGCCUCCGCAGACUGAUCUGGGUUAUGCCAAUGAGGUGCCACAGACCCAGACUGCCCUGCAACCUUUACGAAGAUCUCCUGCACCUGCGCCUGCCCACGCACCUAUGCCUAAUGAUGAGAGUCAUAUUCAUCGAAAAUCGCCAUCGGUAAGCCCUAGUCCACGCCCGCUGUCAUAUCGAAAAUCAAUCAGUCCACGCCCUCCAUCUAGAGACAACCGUGAGGUUUCGAGCAUUCCGUUCUCCCCAGAUUCGUUUGAUUCCUUGAAUCCAAGACGAUCUCCUUCUGCAACACGUGAAACUAGGUCUCGAUAUGAGACUCCCGAGCGAGAAAUGGAUAACACAAAGUAUACAGAUACCGGCAUGGAAGACGUGCCAAUAAUCGGUGAUGAUGGUCGUGUCAUUGAUCCAUCCGAUCAUCUUCCUUCCGAAACUUGGGCUCCUGAGCCUGAGAAGAAAAAGAAACCGGAGGUCAUUAUUCGUUUCAAGCAUAAUCCCCAGAAUGCUUCAUAUAGUGCUCGCUCAUCUCCCCGAGAAUAUUAUCAUUCAAAUCCUACAACACCCGAGUCUACUAACCGACAUACUGUCCGGCCGUGGGGUAACCAUAAAGCUAGCCCUGGACAACAAUCACGGCAAGCUUAUGACCAUUCUGUACCCACAACUUACACUCCACCACGUCCUGGAAGCGGUAGUCGCGACUACGAUAGAAAUGAACCUUACUCCCAUCAACGCAAUCACAGCACACCUGUGACCUAUAAUACCCCGUCGCGUCACAGGUCUGUAUCACCCAAUCCCAGUCCACAAGGGUCUCCGCUUUAUUCAUACGGGAACAGCGGACCCCCUAUUCCAGCAAAGGUUCCUAUCGCUACCCCAGUGUCGAAUAAUUACCAUGGUUCUGGGAUGGACGCACUCAGCCAAGAAAUACAGUCCAUUGAUAUUGGAUCUGGAGUAUACGAACCUUCCCGUGCUGUGAGAAAAUAUGCUCCGCGAGUACCCGUAACCACGAGCGGCGGAUAUCGAUAGUUGGGUGCAUUCCUCUGUAAUAUACCACACCUACCACUACUUUUCAUCUUCUGUGUUUAUCUUUGGGGCAUGUUUGCAGGGUCGGCGUUUGAGCAGAGGUUAUUCACGGAAACAUGAAUAUCCUAAUGCAUUAUGGAUCAUGUUAUACCCUUUUUUUAAAUUUGCAUUGUCAACUAUUUUCAGCUCCAACUGUGUAUUAUGCUUGUGCGAUUGUUAUAUUGUUAGUGUUCACGAUGUUUCUUCCUCGCUUGGUCUUCUCGUUUUUUGGUGUUUUGCAAAGCUACAUGAGGGUUGUUGCAGAAAUACGAUGCAAUGACUAUUUACAAAUUAUUUUGAGCAUUGGUCAAUUACUCUAAGGGAAAGAUCGUAUUCAAUUCAUUCAGCGAUAAUACUGC